AUUGUUUUGACAGGACUUUUUUUCCUUCUGGAUUCGCCAGAGAUUGUAGUAGCAGGAAGUUAUCAAGUUUUCAUUUUAUUGAAUAAUUGGCGAUCGAGAUACGGUGGAAAAUCUUUUCGCUGGCGUUUGAAAUUCUUCUGACAUUGCACUCAGUUUGAAGAACCGAGCUCAAGUGACGGUCCCGAUGUUGUCGGAAAACAGUGCCUCGAACGUGGCUUUUGCACAGAAUUAUUGUGGGAAGUCACCCAAAAAUGCUAACAGCCACAUUUGAGCUCGAGCAGGAGGAUGUAAAUCCAGACGAUUAUUUGGAGUCAAAGCAGCACCCCCAAAUCGAAUUACGGCAAUCGCCACCGGCACGGAAUAUACUGGCGAAAACAUCGGACCGACAACAAUACAACAAUCAGCAACAACAACAACAGAAACAGAUCUCAGACAGUCCGAAAGUACCGGUGCCCCUUUCACCACUGAGUACUACCAACGGCGGCAGAGCUUUCCAGCUACAUCAACACAAGAAAGUGUCACUGAUCAAGCUAAAGCGACGCUAUCGCGAUAAGGAGAACAACGAGGAUAUCGGAAAUAACAGCAGCAGCCCGGAGUAUAGUCCAGAAGAAAAGACUACUAGGAAGCAAUUGUUUUUGGAAGUGGUCGAGGAAGAUUACCACCGGAGGGAGCAAGAGAGUUCAAAGAGCCGCAAACGAAAGAAUUGCUUGAGUUUAUCGAAGGUGGUGCAGUCGGAGGCCAAGAGGAAACGAGACGCGAAAAAGAACGCCUGUUUGGUUGAGGAGCAGAUACAGUGCAGUCCCCCGGUUUUUGAGGAGGAGGAACGCGACGAAAAAUCUGCUGAUUGUUCUGGAAGUUUAUCUGGUAAAAGCCAGCGCUCAUCUCAACCAAUCGACUGGGAUCAAUUGGAAGUUUUCUCCGAAGAAGAACACAAGCAAACGGAGAAGAGAGAACCGUCUCCAUUCGAUUUUGAUUCUCUAUUUAACGACAGAAAGGAGCAGUGUGCUCCGAGGACAUAUCCAGGCUGCUCUAGCACUCGUUUAUCGUUGUCGAAAAGAUUUCAGCAGCAGCAGCAUCUAUUGCAUGAGGAACAACGUUCCAACUGUGUAACGGCAAAAGUAACAAUCCAACACAGCGAGAAGAAGCAGCAACAGUGCCGACAGGAGGAGAUCAACAGCAGUGCCAGGCUACCUGUUGUCGGUGGUGAGGACGACAUGUCCAUUCGCCAUCAGCAACACUAUCAUCUGCCGUGUACCAGUGUUAGCAGUGCUACUAACGGUUAUCAUUCGGAGGUUGGGUCAACUUCCCCCAUUUUGCUACUGGCAGCAGCCGCGGGAGAACCCGAUAAAAUGUCCGGUCAUUCGCACUAUACGCGAAGCAAAAUCAGUUCACUGCAGGGUCGUUUUUCGCAAGCUACCGCUACCGAUAUGGCCAUUACGGCUUCACUGAACGACAAACCCCGCAACAACAAGGCCAACAGCCUGCAAGGUCGGGUUGAUACAGGCACCGCAACUGAGCUAGCCAUUGCACAAUCAUUGAGCGAAGAGCAGCAAAACAUGUUGAACUCGAGCAGCCCGGUAGCGUCACCGGUGAUAAUCAAUCUCUGCACACCUGCGACCCCGGCAAGUAUUGCCGCAGCGGCCAAUUUGAACAACUCGCUGGCAACCCUCUGCAAUAUUGGAAAUUCGUGCUAUUUGAACUCCGUGUUAUAUACGCUUCGCUUCGCCCCAAAUUUCAUCCACAACUUACACCAUUUGAUCGAAGACACCGACAGCGUGUAUCAACGGCUCAGUCAGUACAAGCUGAAGUCGUCCUCCCUGGGGCGGAACAUUCCGGGACUGCACGGCCCAAGCGGUCGCAGUUGGAGCAGCAAAGAUCUCGCAUCGCUUGGCGGCGGUUCCGCCGCCACAACGAAUUCCUCCUCUUCCUCGACGUUGACGGGACCGAUUCCGGCUGCUAACGGAAUCAGCGGUCCACCGCUGAUGUGGGAAGAGAAUCCACCCCCGAAGAGUAACCGUCAAGUGGUGACCGAACAGUUGCACGAGCUAUUCCAAAACCUGCACAAGAAUGAAACCCUCGAAUCCACGGAACCCUUCCACGCGGGAAGCAUCCUCCGGGCGGUACAGGAUGUCAGUGCCACGUUCGAGGGCAAUCAGCAGCAGGAUGCGCACGAAUUUCUGAUGUGUGUUCUCGACAGUAUACGGGAGUCUUGUCAGGCGCUCAUUAAAACCAUUACUGCCCAUCCGGAUGUGCUGAUCAAUGCCUGCCCACCGGUACCUGAAUGCAUCGAAACGAAUGUGUCGGAAUCGAAGGGCGCCCGUAAUUUCUUCCGGCGGAAAAAAGAAUCGAUGAAAACAUCCAAACCAACCAACGGCGGGGGUGCCACUCUCCCCAAGGCUUCCGCUGGUGGUGGUGGUGGUGGUGGUGAUGGCGUCUCAUCCGAUCAGAUUGCCAACCUCAAAAAUGCCCUCUUUGCUAAACCAUCUUCCGUGCUAGAUGAACAGCACGUGAGGGAACGCGUACAAGCCCUCGGGUUGGACUUUUUUCGGGACAAUUUCGAGGGAAUCACGGUGGCAAAGACCAAGUGUCUAGCGUGUGAAACCUGCACAGAACAGAAGGAAACGAUGAUCGACAUUGCGAUUCCUAUCGCUGCUAGCGAGAUCAGCGAGGCGUCAAAGAAUCCGCAGUUUUUCUAUCAAAAUUCGUGCAUUACGAGGGAGUAUUUCCGCGGGGACAACAAGUACCGCUGCGAGGUGUGCUGUGGCUACAGGGAGGCGAUUCGAUCGAUCUCGUUCGAGGUGCUGCCCAGACAGCUGAUCCUGCAGCUGAAGCGCUUCAACGGUGACAUGGAGAAGAUCAACAGCUACAUUCCGACCCCGUUCGUGUUACGCUGCUUCUGCAACACGUGUUUGCCAAAGCCGGACUGUGAUAAGCCGCACAUCUACCGAUUGUACAGUGUGAUCACGCACGUGGGGGCCCGCAUGUCGGUGGGACACUACAUCGCGUAUACCAGCUCGCUGGAUGUGCACGCCGAGUACCGAGGAUGUGGGAAGGAUCGCCGGAAGCAGUUGCUGCUGUCCGGAGGCUCCAUCGAUGGUGGUGGUGGUGGCUUCGGCGGUGCGAAUAGCACGGGAGUGUCCAGUAAGAGUGGAAACGAGAAGAGCACCUCGGUGCAGCUGAAAAAACUUUUCAGCAGCAAGAAGGCAUCCAGUGCAGGUGAUAUGAGCAAGAAAAUUAAGAACCACAACAAGUUGAAUCUGAUCAACGGGAUGGAAGGACUGAAUCUGAUGAACGGGUCGGGUCCGGGAAGUGCACCCGGUGGUGGUAGUACGACACACUUCGGUUCCCAAUCGGGCAACAAUAGUCCAAACAGCAAUGGUGUUCUCACCAGCAAUGCGGUCGGCUCGCUGGCCAACCGUUUACCGUGUGCCGGCUUGCAGUGUUGCGGCAUUCAUUCGAAAAAUAGUCAUAUUAGUUUGUACGGGAGCAACAGCAGCUGCAUGUCCGGGGAGGACAGUGGCUUCGCCACUAGCAACGGAGUGUUUCUCGACGGGGGCUCCUCGGGUGAGACCUAUGUGAAUUGCAACAAUUCAUCGCCGUGCGCUGUCGGGAUGAUGAACGGCAACAGCGGACUGCCGGCAACGACCACUACGGUGGCAGCAUUCGAGAAGAGUUUAAGCCAACAGUUGUGGCAUAUGUGCGACGAUGACAAGAUUAAGAUCAUGUCCCAGGCUGAGUUUGAGGAAGUGCUAUCGCCGAAUCGACGACACGUCAUCACACCGUAUUUGCUGUUCUACGCGCGUUACGAUAUUGUGCCGCAAAGUGGCGUCGGGAGACAGCAGCAAAAAGAGAAUUCGGCGAGCGAUGGCACCGGAGUGGGACUGAAAAAAGGUGACAACAGUGGAGACUAUCCGUUGAUUGAUUAAUGGGAAGUGUGACGGUGUGCGGUGAGGAAGAUGUUGGACUAUGUUUCGUUUCUGUUAUAAAUAUAUUACACUUUUUCAAAAACGGAAAAGCAAAAGAGGAUAACAAUGAACCACCAGGAGUAUUUGUUGGUGAAAACUGAAGGUUCUCGUUGUUCAGUGUUGAUACCAAUAUUAUUUGUUAUGACCAAAAUUGCAGGUCUUGCGCUGUCGAAUCAGCGUGAACGGAUAAAACAUUAAAUGAGUAUUUACUUGUAAUGGAUUUUGGUUCGUUUGUCAUCAAACAGUUAUCAUAAACAUAACCCCUAAUCAUCGAGGAGCGCAGUAAUGCUUAAAACGAUACAAAAUUUAUAACUUCCAUUCUGUGAGUGAAAGGUAAAUCUUAAAUUAUUUGAUUACAUCUGUUCGUUUUAGCUCUAGGGUCUAGGCAAUUCUUACAAGAUUUGAUUUGAAAUGUUGAAAAUUUACAAAAGUGCAAAAUCAACACAAUAGAGGGAAAAAAAUGUUGCCAAAAGUAGUGAAACCAAGAUUACAAACAGUAGACGAAGCACGUCAGUGAUUCGUUAUCGAUCGUACUACAUUUGAAGUAACCAACCCAAAUACACAUAACCGGCGUUACAAAGACAAAAAAAACUGUUGAAAACACACAUAUUCUGGCUUACCCACUAGAAAUGAGCGACACGAGAAUCAAUACACAUAUAUAUGUCUACUACCUUAAGUAGAAGAAAGACUAUUUUUUCGUUAUUUCAUCGGAAAAGUUCAAAACUAUCAGUACAUUUUUGCUCUCAAAAAAAAAAAACAAUCCACAACCAACAAGCAAAACGCGACAAAUAGCAAUUCCAAAAUAAUUAUUAGAAGUUUAGAUGAUUAUUCAUAUUUUCACACCUGAGUAAAACGAAACAUUACACACAUUCACAUAUACAUGUAUAUACAUAUACAAAGAAACCAUCUAAGAGCUUUUUCAGAAUAGUACUGAAAGUUGAUAAAACUCGAAAGAACCAUUUACUAUCUAGCUUUUCCGGUAAUUUUUCUGCUCUGAACCGUGAGAGCAAACGAAAAUGCAUUUUUGUGUGAGCAAAUAUUCUUUAAUGUAAAAAAGCUUGUAUACAAACCCAAAUUCAGAGUGAAACACACAUACAGUCUUCAGAAAGCAUACGCUGCGCUGCGCUCGAGUUGGAAUUUUAUCAGCGCCGAGACCGUGUUUUCUCUUGAAUCGAAGUGUACAGAACUCAAUAAACAUGAGAGAGAGGGUAUUGAACACGGCGCAAAUCUUGGAGUUUCAGAGGUGUUUCUUCUGAGUUUAUCUGUUUCUCCACACAAUCUCAAGUUUAGUUUCUUAUAGAUACAGUGUUUUCUUCCCUUUUCUUCAUUACGUUCGCAGUCUAAAACUUACAUUGACCGAAAACAAAACAUGAUGAGCAAACGGGAAUUUGAUGAGAACGGAAAAUGAGGCACGGUUUUUACAAUGCACUCACCUGAUUUAUACCAUCCUCUACAUCAGUUAUACUCAACCUGCGGCCCGGCGGACUCUUCUGGUAGGCACAUCUGAUGUUAGUUUUUUUUUUCAAAACUAUUUUGUAUGUGCAAUAGUUACUAAAACCUGAGACAGUGGUACUCAACCUUUUUUCAUAGGUGCCACAAACACACGUUAGUCAUUGUGUCGCGGCCGCAAAAAAGAAUCAUAAAGAAGGGUGAUGUUCAAGACACGACCGCAUUGUUAGCAUAGAACAACGAAAUUAUUGCCGGCGAGAACAAACAUUAAAGAAAUAAAUUUAAUAAUAAAACUCUUUGAUACAAAUAUUUGAUAGCAAUGGCAACGGUCGAUAAAUGAAUUAUUCCACGGAGUGAAGAGCACAAACGUUUCGCGAAGCAAUUUGAGUUAAUUGUCAAAUUAAUUCUAAGUAUAACCAUGUACUGUUGAUGCUCGCUGUCUUGAGCACUGACACUCAAAUACUGAUCUUCUUGAAUAUAUAAGUAGUUUUUUAGUAUCUCUUAGCAAAAUUACAUCUCCAACGCAGAACGAAACAUCUCAGAAUACGCAGAACGGCAACAGAAAAUCCGGACCGAAUCAAUCGUGUGGUGGCGGCGGAGGCGAAAGCAAUUGCAUUGAAACAAAUUUUCAUCUUCAGUUUACCAUCGAAGAACACGUCUCUUUAAAAAAAUGAAUGAUCAAUUGAAAAAAAUCACAAAUAGGUCAUUCACGAAUUAUCAGUCAUCCAGCUAGCGACCGGACGGCAGCACGGCUUUCAGAAUGGUAUUUCUAAAGCCCAAAUUGUUUAGUUUGAUUUUUCAAAUUGGCCUUUUCCAAGGUUGAAAGCGAAUGAACUGCGGAAACUUAAAACCUCUAUAAUUCUCAACAACAUCAUUACACCAAUAAGUACAAACACACUCCUGAAUUCACAGAAUCUCCCAAAAAUAAAUAUGAAAUUGAUUUUUAGAAUGCAUCAAAAUUUCUAAAGAGUUAUCUUUAGUUGAAAGUUUUAAUGACCUUGGAACGGACCGAUGGGUUUUGACGUUGUUUUGUAGACGCAGCUGAAGAUGGUAGAUUCAUGAUUCAAUCUUGUUCUCGCGAGUUAUCUAUUUAAAAACGCAUAAAAUUAACAAUUCGUACAAUGUCUACGGUAUGAAAACCGACGACGUCCGUCCUAUUUAAUAUUUUGCUUCUGCUUUGAUUCUGUAGAGACGAAUGAACUCUCAGAGUUUAAAGUCUCUCUAAUUCAUUACCGUUGAUUCUGCUCUACACUAUGGUUGCUUUUUGCAUAUUCUGAAAAUGCAUUCUGUGGCGAAAAAUAUUGUUCAACACAGUAGCAAAAAAGAAUCUGAGGUUGGCCAGGGCGACAAUAUUUAGAGAACUUCCACUGACAGCCAACGACAUGUAUCGACAAAUCCUGACUAGGAUAUUAACUAUUAAGCAGUUACUCAUAUUUAUAGUUUUUUGUGAUUUCAAUAGUUUGAAGCAGUUUUGGACUAUUGAAACAUGUUUUUGGGUCAAUAAGUAACAGAUUCAAGUAUGAUGUGAUGCAAAGAUGUAGAGGCACUCUUUACCACACGGCAUGCAAAUCGGCGUGGUGUCCUACCGAACCAAAUUGUACCAUACUGUGUGAUAUCUAUCUUUGAUACUACCUUAGAAUCGAGGAAAACCACUGUGUUUGACUUUAAAAUUGAAGCAGAAGCUUUAAAACUCAUCAGUUCAUUCGUCUCUAGCUUUGAAAAAGACCAAUUAGGAAUUGUGAAAACUGUAAUUUGAAAUCGCGAAUGGCUUGGCUACUCAAUAAAUAGAAUACGGCGGAGCUAAGGUUGCAAUAUUUUCUCUAUCUACAUUGUCCGUAGAACGAAUGCUGCAUUUGUAUUUCGAGCGACCGAUUUACGCUCGGCUGAUUAGUAGUGAUAUUGAAAUAUUGUACCUCCCUGAUACCAAUGAAUACCAUCAAAAUCCGUUCAGAGCUAAAAUAAAUAUUAGCGUUAAAACUACUUCCGUUGCAUUGAGGGGUACAUGUACUUGGCUUUCUACCACUCCAGGACAUACUUUGAAUAGUGACACGAAGCUAGAUCCAGCCCGAAGAUCGCAGGGCUCUCGUGUUGCUUCAACUUAGCAACAGCUUCUGUAGAUACUCCUUGAUGUAGAUCUGCCCGUUUACAGUCUCGGUAGUCACGAAUGACGCACUCCAUUUGGCACAUGAGCAGAUCGCUUGUCAAAUCAUGUAUUUCCUGGCAAACUUUGAAAGUUUAUGCUCCAUACUUCCUUCGGAACAUCAUCGAACUUGUGUUGGGCGGUGAAGAACAGUAGUCCCGGAAGCUGCCGGAAGUCCGCCUUGACGUAAGUCUCUUCAUCCAUGAUGAGACAAUGAGGCUUCAUCAGCACCUGGGUGUACAGUUUCCGGGCUCGUGACUUUAUUUUGCCAUUCGUCAGAAUUUGGAACCUUCUGCACAUUGUACAUAUGCAGUCCCUCCCGGUCCUUGGCUCUCUGAACGACAGAUUUACUUUUUGGCCACAGAUUCAACUUUUUGAUCACAUCCCUGACCGAAGCAUUGGGAUUUCGCUUGAACGCUUUCAAGACACGCCUCUGAUCCUGAUCACUAAUAGAACAUCUGAUCGCAUUUCUUCUUCCGUUCGUUGCUCAGAGUUUCGUAGUAAUGUUUAAUCAAACGACUCACCGUUGAAUGUCCCGACGAGAGAAUUGAAGAUUUUCCAGGUGCUUGUGCAAAAUCAAUUCGCGACAUUGCUUUUUUCUAAUUUUCGAAAAAUUGACAGCGAUAAAAAUACAGUGUAAACAAUACACUCUAAACUGCUUCAACCCAAAUUUUCAAGAGAAAAUACUCAAUGGGUAAUUUUCUACAGCGUUUUUCCGCGAUGCAAUUUGAUGUGGGACACCCUUUUAUUCACCCCGAUUUUGCAUUCCGACGGAUUUGUAUAUUGUUCAAAACCAGCCAAAAUUUCGUUCGAGUUAUAACUUCGCAUCCCUAUUUCGAACGUUUUGCUCAUUUGAGGGGGUAUCCUAGUGAAGAGACACGAAUUUAGGAAGUUUUUUCGAGCUCUAUAAAAAUAAAACAAGGAAUAUUUUUACCAUCCAUUAUAUCAUUAUUUGUUCAUCUAUCUUUUACCAAGUAAACAAAAAUUGAACGGGAAAAAACAUAUUCAUAAUUAGAAUAGUUACGAGCUGAUGAAGUGAGGGGGUUUAAAAAAAAGUUGUGCCAUGGCGUACACGAUUUCAGCCCUUCUGGUUAUCUGAAACAAAAAAAAUCGAACAGACUCCGAAUCACUAAAGAUGCCGCUAUCGCAUAAACCUCGGACAAGUCAAAACCUCCUUUUGGCAAAAUGGCGGCCGUUUGAAAAACAAAAUGCGGUUUUAAACGUUUUUACUUAUGUUUCCCAAUUUUUGAAAAAAGUAAAAUUCUAAAAAUAUCAUUUUUUAGAGGUUUAUGGAGGUGCAUGCAGAUUGUAUUCAUAUGAAUUCGACAUGAAUCGGUUUAUUAGGACUUCAGAUGUCGUGUACGCCAGUUUGAAAAAAAUAGUUUCGAGAAAAACGAGUUUGAAGUUAAUUGUUAUGGCCGUACCAGGUUAGAUAUCGCAUCAAUAAAAUGGCUCUAGCUCGGUAAAUAAUAGGAUUUUCGAAUAGUUUUUUCUAGGGUAUAUUCGUAAACGCCUAAAGUACAGAAAUAAAAAAAGGAAAAAAUGUUUUUUUCAAAUUUCCAGACUAGAAUACUGCCUUCAUGUUCGGAAAGAAGCAGAUCGUACGAAAUAGAGAAACAACUCGAAUGGAAUACAGAAUGGAAUUUUAUCAAGCCGUUCGAAAUAUUUCGAGUCGAUCGUUAUGUAGAAUCGGGGUGAUUUUGUCAAAAUUUGAGCUCAAUCGAUUUCGAAUUUUUCGAGUUUUUGAAUCAUACAGCAAUUUCACGCCCAAUCAGCCACUCACCCAAUCCUCUUCGAUUUUUAUUGAAAUUUGUAACACAUAUGAUAAAAGCUUAUCAUAUGACCAAUUUAAAAUACGACUGAUUUUUUAAAAGGGCGUAUUCAAAAUCAUUGAUCUUUCUUUCAAAAAAUCGAAGCUCAAAAUCCAGAUGUCUGAUGGAAAAGGAAUGUUUGACAAAGUUGUUGGAAAAUCAAUAAACUAUUCAGGAAAAAUAACACCUUAAAUACACUGUUGAAAAAUCUUACUCAAAAAUUGAAUUUAAUAUGAACAAUUUUUAUGUCUCAAAACAGAUAUUCUAGCACGGAAACUACGUUCUACCAAUACAUGAAUCAUUAAACUAUCCAUCUACAAGGUCGUGUACAUCAGUGGUCAGAUAAUGUAAAAACUAUGAUCAAAACGAUGAAACAUAAGGUUAUCAUUCACUGACAAAUUUCGGGAAGGCCUAUAUAUUUACCAUGGGACCCGGAUCAUCCGCUCGUGGAUAAUCGGGAUUCCACAGUAUAACGUUUCGUCCUAGAACAACCUGUUUUCGAGAUGCAACCAAUUUUGGAUAAUUAAAAUCAUGUUCGUGAAAUAUUUUUUUCAGUGGUGAGAGUUGCGUUCUCCGGUGGAAAACUGGAAGUAAAAAUUUCACCAGCGUUCAUCAGCUGUUCAUUGCUAUCGACGCCGCCAUCCCACCAGACACCGUUCCGAGUGUUCAUUGGAGUAUUGUUUUUGGGAGCUUUGGAAAUGUAAUUUUGCUCUUCCUCGGAUGGCGCUAACGUUCCCAGUGGCAUUCUCAACGUAUGUAUUACUCGCGUAAUUAUUAGUAGUACUUAGUUGGGAUUUAAAUGCCGAGAAACACGCCUUGAAUGUAUUCUGGAGUGGCAAUCUCUAGAAUACGCGUGACCACAAUGCAAGUUGGAGGAAAUUAUUUUGACGAAAAAUCCCCCGUCCAGAAAGGGGAUUAAACCCGAACCCCCGGCAUGAUAAUGCGGGACGCAAACCAAUUGGCCACCAAAGGACCUCGUGUAAUUCUGCUAGAUACUGAAAAACUACUUGGAUUUUCAGUAAGCUCAAUGUUUCAGUGUCAAUCUAGAUAGCGAGCAAUCAACAGUGCAUGUUAAUUCGGAGAGUUAAUUUGAAAAUCUGCUCAAAUUGGAGGUUUAUUGCUUCGCGAAAUGUCCGCGCCCCUCACUCAUUCUCAUUCUUAAAUAUCUAUGUUUGUUUCUCGUCGGUUAUGGUUUAGUAGUCCUAUGAUAACAAUGCGGUUAUAUCUUAGACAUUACCCUUCUUUAUUUAUUUGUAUUUUUUUUUUGCGGCAUUACUAAUAUGUGUUUUUGACCCCUCUGAAAUAACGAUUGAGUACCGCUGCUCUACAUUAGGAUGUUGCCAUUGUUGCCGCUGCUGCUUCUGCAACAAGUGGCGCUGCUACCGCUACUUGUUAGAAUAGUGCCCUUAGCAUAUCAGCUCUGCUUCGCGGAUAGAAAAUGAAUGAUGUUAUCCGUAAGCAACUGCCAAAUUUAUUAGAACCAUUUGAGGAGCACAAAUUGGACCAAUCAAAACGCGACACAUAGUGCAUUUAAACAAUGCUUGACAUUUCACAAUUAUUCGAUUGUUUAUCUCAAGAAAAUAAAAUGUUAUUCAUUAUAAUAGAUGCGUGGAAAUAUUUCCUAUCAAUUGAUGUAAACAUCUUUGCGAUCUAUUAAGAAAUGCUCGAGUUAGAAGUGUUCGAAAUCUUUCAUUUUUUUUUGUUCAGUGCCUAGUUUUUUUCAAUUUACCCCCUAUAUCUUCCGGCUAGGCGUAUGAAAAAGAAAUAAGAAUCAAAAUAAAGCAGUUCUAGUUUAGUUCCCACAGCACAAAUAUUCAUUAUGAAUGAACAUUGUAAUUCAGUGUAGAGAAUGGUAUAAAUCAUGUGGGUGCAUUUCAAAAUCAUUUUCGCCUCAUUUUCCACACACAUUCGGUCGUUCUAAGCAAAGCAUAAACACAGCAUUCGUACCAACCGUAUACGCUUGUGUGAAGAAACAUAAAUCAACAGAGAAAGCAAAACAGACAAACCGGAUUCAAGCGCGGUUUAGAAACUAGGUAUAUAAACACGGUACACAACACGGUAUACGAACACGGUGUGAAGUUCACACCGUGAACCUCUAUGCUACGGCCAGAGCGCAUGUGCAUGCAAUCAGUGAGAGUUCACGUGGGUGCGGAAAACUUGUUGCACAUUAGCACUGCGUUGCAUUCAGAAGACUGCACACAUACAGGGUGGGCCAUUUAAAGUGGAAGGAUUUGUUUUUGCAAUAGCAAAGUAAAGAAGUGGAAUUUAAAAAUUUUUUUUUUGAAAUUCAUUUAUUUUGGUCCAAGGAGAUUUGUUCUAACUACUUUUUGAUUAUGAUAUCUCGUAAAUGACCGCCUCUGGCCUUGACCGCAAAAUGUGCCCCUUUUUCGGCAUUUUCCAUCACUUACCCAAUGUUUCGACCGAUAUGGCAGCAAUUUCUUGUCGGAUAUUGUCUUUCAGCGCAGCCAGGGUCCUUGGUUUACCAGUGUAUACCUUGGAUUUUAAAUAUCCCCAUAAAAAAAAGUCAGGAGGCGUCAAAUCAGGUGAUCUCGGUGGCCAGUCAUAAUCGCCGUUUUUCGAUAUUAAUCUUCCGGGGAACAUUUCGCGCAAAAAUUUGGUCGUGGCAGUCGCUGUAUGGCAUGUAGCGCCGUCCUGUUGGAACCAGUAAUUGUCCAAUUCAUUUUCACGAACAAAUGGCAAUAAAAAAUCGGUUAUCAUUGUCCGAUAACGCUCCCCAUUCACGGUUACCGUUGCUCCAUUUUCGUUUUCAAAGAAGUACGGGCCGAUGACUUUAUCGACAUAAAUGCCACACCACACAGUAACUUUUUGGUCGUAAAGAGGUUGCGUUUCGAUGAAUUGAGGGUUUUCAGUAGCAUAAAACUGACAAUUUUGUUUAUUCACUCCUCCAUUCAAGUUGAAAUGCGCCUCAUCAGACAUUAUGAUUUUUUGCCAAAAGCCACGUUCAUUUUUGGCCAUUUCGAUGGUCCAUUUCGCAAAAUCAAGUCGACGAGGAAACAUUUUCAAAUCAACACGAAUUAUGCGUCGGAGAGUGGUUCGUGCGAUGUCUAACUCUUGCGAACGAUGGCGACCUGAUGUCGAUGGAGUCUCUGCAACACUGGCUCGAACGGCAUCAAUAUUCUUGUCGAAACGUCUUGGUCGUUGUCUGGACAGAUGACUGGCAUUACCAACACUACCAGACGAUAUAAAUUUGGCAUACAAUCGACGUAUAGUGCUGUCUCCAGGCGAUGUUUUAACUUUAUUUUUAUUUUUCCACGCACGUUUAGUUAACACAAUUGAGAAGUUAUUUUGAAUGUACAGCUGAACAAUUUCAGCGCGUUGUUUAGGUGUGUAUUGUUCCAUGGUUAAAAUUGUACUGAAAUGACGCUUCCAACGCGGUAUGACAUUUGUUAAUCUGACAUCUCUGUCAAAAGUUAUGGGGUUGCCAGAUGCUUCCACUUUAAAUGGCCCACCCUGUAUAUCCGCUUUGCAAAGUUAUUAUUAAAACACAAACACACACACAAACCCGUACAACCUGACGGGGGCAACGGAAAAGAACCAAGUAUUUUUUGUUUUAAAACUAUACUCUUUUGCAUUCUACCAGUAUCUGUGAUCAUUGUUCCCUGCUUGUAUUAUUAUUACUUACUUAUUACUGUUAUCUCAGUAGUAUUCAUCCCCUCACCCUUUCAUUGGGGAGGGAAGUGACGCGGCACUGCAUCUUGUAUUUCGUUUACUAUCUUUACUAGGGCCUUCAAUCGCGCGGGCAGAUACACACAAGAUAGUUACAUAAUAUAAAACUUAGUCAGCCUAAUAUCGAUCCUAAUUCUUCCAGCAGUGUUGAGAUUGAGAGCGAGAAAAUCACCCAAUACAGGUGAGGAAUUACGUGUGCAGAAAAAAGGUAGUUCUCCCCAAUCAUUUAUCUACAAGCAUACAGCAAAACAAAAUGUAAAUAGGCUUCUGUCUUUUUUUCUUUUAAUGAGAAAAUUUUAUUAUAUAUGUAUUUUUAUCGUCAAAAGUGAAAUGUGUGGUAUUCAAUACGCGGAACACUAGAGCAAGCUGUAUAUGAUGAUGUCAAAGACCGAAAGGUAAUCUUUAGAGUUAUUCUAUAGCUAUCGAAUGCCAAUGAAGAGCAAGCGGUAUCCGACUGAACAAGUCCGGGAUACGACGCUACUAAACAAAUACUCUCACAAAUUAAAUUCAGAAAAGGCUAAACGAAAAUUGAACACGAGAUUAGUGUUUUAAAACCCAUUGUUUGUGAAACUAACCAAUCUCCUAGUGUUGAUAGGUCGGAAGAUUGGUGGUCCAGAAAUAGGAGUAAAAUAAGAAGUCUACAAAGAGAGAAAAGAAUAUAUUAUAAAAUGUUGUACAUAUUUGAAGAUUAGAGGUGUUUAUCGAACAGUUACUGCGGAACGGUUGGUUGGAUGUUCUCCAGAGUAAGUAAGGUGAAGUUAGGGUGUCAAAUCGGACACAGCUUUCCAUUGAACAAUUUUAGUUGUUGAAAAGUUAAUACCAAGAUGCAAUUAGCUAGCUGCACAGCGCGGCUACUUGCCGGAGAAGUUGGGAUAUGUGUUCCAAUAUAUCAGUUUACGAGAGAGGUCGUAUUUUCUUGAACCGUGGACUGCUGCUACCUAACUAUAUUACCAAUAUCGUUCGAACAUAUUCUGAAGUAGAUGCGACAUUAGCAUUAACUUGGAGAUAGGCAUACAUUUACACGUACGGACACUUACAUACACACAUACACAACAACAUGGAACUCAGCAGGUAUAUAGAUCGUGAAAAUGUGGAACGCAAGAGAACAAUUCUAUCGAAUCAGGUACCGACAAUUCGUUGGCUCGAGAAAAGAACGUAAAAUAAUGAUAACUGUAUCAUAUUAAAUAAAACUAAUAAAAGUGAAACGCUGGAAACAGUUACUAAAUGA